ACUAAUGCAUCAUGCAGGUGUCCUUGCUUUCUGCUAUUCAGUGACAGCCAAAUAGCAGCUUGCAGCAAACCCCACCUCCCUUUUACCUGUGUCUCUUUAAAUGCAGCAGCCAGACACCGUACUGUUUGUCUGUCUCAGGUCGCAUGACUUACUAACACAGACUUCAAAGCAACUAGCAGGCUGACAGGUCUAUCCACAGAGUAUUUCUGGCAAAAGAGGAUUCAAUGAAAUAUGUUUUGGGGAUAUCUCAUCUGACUGUUAUAUAAGAAUAGUUUCAGUGGGACUGAACUAAAUUGCUCUGAAACAUCUUUGAAGAACUGACAUUGAUUUGUAUGGAUAUGGAUUUCUUACAGCUGCCAGACAGAAUCACUGAUAAAUCAGGUGUGAGGGACAAACAGCAGGAGGACUCAACAGCACCUGCUGACUUCAGCAGCAUCUACAGCAAAGACCUGCUCCCUGCUUCAUGUGGUGAGGAGAUGACCAGAGGGUUUCUGCAAGAGCUGGUCAACAUCUUGUUGGGUUAUAUCUGCAAGUCAAGUCAGAGGAGCUCCAAGGUCCUGGACUUCCACCAUCCUCACCAGCUGAAGGAGGGACUGGAGGGCUUCAGUCUGGACCUGCCGGACCAACCAGAAACUCUGGAGCAGAUACUAGUGGACUGUAGAGACACACUCAAGUAUGGUGUCAGUACAGGCCAUCCCCGUUUCUUCAACCAGCUGUCUUCAGGUCUGGAUGUGAUUGGUGUAGCUGGCGAGUGGUUGACUUCUACAGCCAACACUAACAUGUUUACAUAUGAAGUGUCUCCUGUUUUCAUCCUCAUGGAGAAGGUUCUGCUGAGGAAGAUGCAAAGCAUUGUGGGAUGGUCCGACGAUGAGGGAGACGGAAUCUUCUGUCCAGGAGGCACAAUAUCCAACCUGUACAGCAUCCUGCUGGCCAGAUAUCACUUCUACCCAGAGGUGAAGACCAGAGGGAUGGGAGCGCUGCCUCAGCUGGCCCUCUUCACUUCAGAACAUAGUCACUAUUCAGUAAAGAAAUCUGCAGCUGUGCUGGGGAUGGGCAGUGAGAGUGUGGUCAUGGUGAAAUGUGAUGAAAGAGGGAAAAUGAUUCCUGCUGAACUCGAGUCUUCCAUUGUUACAGCUGAAGAAAAGGGUUUGGUUCCAUUCUAUGUGAAUGCAACAGCAGGCACCACGGUGUACGGAGCCUUCGACCCUCUCAGUGCCAUCGCAGACAUCUGCCAUAGACACACACUGUGGAUGCAUGUUGAUGCAGCCUGGGGUGGAGGCCUGCUGAUGUCAGACAGACAUAGGAUGAAACUACAGGGCAUCGAAAGAGCCUGGUCUGUGACAUGGAAUCCUCACAAGAUGAUGGGCGUCCCUCUGCAGUGCUCUGUCAUACUGAUUAAGAAGAGAGGUCUCUUACAGGAGUGUAAUGAGUUGGGGGCUGAGUACCUUUUCCAGACUGACAAACCCUACGAUGUGAGCUAUGAUACUGGGGAUAAGAGCAUCCAGUGUGGCCGACAUGUCGAUGCCUUUAAACUUUGGCUCAUGUGGAAGGCAAAGGGCUCCGAGGGUUUUGGAUAUCAGAUCAACAAAUGCUUAGAGAAUGCUGAGUAUCUGUACGAUCAACUGCAGAGGAGGACAGACUUUGAACUGGUCUUCAAAAACAAACCAGAGCACAGUAACGUGUGUUUCUGGUACAUCCCUCCCAGUCUGAGAAGCCUUCCACCUGGACCUGACAGAGACACAAGACUCCAUCAGGUGGCUCCUCGGAUCAAAGGCAGGAUGAUGGAGAAGGGCUCUGCUCUGAUUGGCUAUCAGCCUUUGGGAGCCAAAGUCAAUUUCUUCCGGUGUGUGUUCUCCAAUCCUGCCACACAGCAAGAGGACAUCGACUUUCUGCUGGACGAGAUCACCUGGCUGGGCCAUGACCUGUGACCUGUGAUAUUACUGUUUGGUGUACUGUUCAGGCUUUUGAAAAGGACUUCCAGGCAUGCUCUACAGCCUCUGCUUAACAUUGCAGCUUUUGAUCAAUUUACAGCAUUGCUGUCUUACAGCAUAAAGGCUCCUUUAUGCUGUAGGACAGCAAUGCUAGUAAUGCUAGCUAAUAAUGCUAGUUAAUAAAAGGAGGCAAUGUGGACUUAUCAUUUACACUCUCGCACUUAGUGUUUUCCUUCCAAUCUACAAGCCCAUCAGCUGUGUAAAUUUAAGCUUUUAGGGUAAUCUCAAUCAGGUUAAUAUAUCUAAGCCUAUGUUUAAUUGUAUGUGUUAGUGUCCUUUUAUAUACCGUAAACCAUUUUAUUAGCUCACCUUGGUAAUUGCUUUCUGGAAGGGGUCUUCACUGCUAUACCUCCUAUCCCUUUCAAUUAAAGAUCAGCAGCUGUCAUUGUAUAAUGCUGAUAUGUUAAAAUCUCUUGCUUUUAUUCACGCCUUCGUAAGUACAUAUUUCAAAGAGUACAAACACAACAGCUGCAACAUAUCACUGGUUCAGGGUGCAUAUGCAUAUUCAGUGACUACAGCAAACUGUACAAUAGAGACAAUAAACUUGAUACAUUACAUAGUGGGCAGCUGUGGGUGAGAAGAGCGGGUCCAUCCCCAGCUCCUCCUGUCCACUUGUCCUCACUCAAGACACUGAACCCCAAAUUGCUCGCUGCCAUCAGUGUGCGUGUGAGAGAAU